AUGUCGCUGUUUAAAGCUAGAGACUGGUGGUCCACCCUACUUGGAGAAAAUGAAGAAUUUGACCAAGGCUGUCUGUGUAUUGGUGAUGUUGAUAAUAGUGGCAGUGGACAAGAUAAAAUUAUUGUGGGCAGCUACAUGGGAUAUCUCCGAAUCUUUGAUCCCCAUCCUGUGAAACCUGGAGAUGAAGUACAACCUGAAGACUUGCUCUUGGAAGUGCAGUUGCGAGAACCAAUAUUGCAGGUGGAAGUGGGAAAAUUUGUUUCUGGUACUGAAGGACUUCAUCUGGCUGUGUUGCAUUGCCGAAAACUCUGUGUAUAUGCUGUUUCAGGAACUCUGGGAAAGGUGGAACAUGGGAACCAGUAUCAGAUCAAACUGAUGUAUGAGCACAAUCUUCAGAGAACUGCUUGUAAUAUGACUUAUGGUCCAUUUGGUGGUGUGAAAGGUGGGUUUUUCAUAUGCAUACAGUCCAUGGAUGGGAUGCUCAUGUUGUUUGAACAGGAAAGCUAUGCUUUUGGCCGUUUUUUACCUGGUUUUCUUCUGCCUGGUCCUUUGGCUUACAGCUCUCGAACAGAUUCUUUCAUUACAGUGUCGUCUUGUCGACAGGUGGAGAGUUACAAAUACCAAGUGCUGGCAUUUGCGACAGAUGCUGAUGAAAGACAAGAACCAGAACAGCAAAAACUUAGUUCUGGAAAAAGACUUGUGGUGGAUUGGGUUUUAAACAUUGGAGAACAAGCACUGGAUAUACGUGUUGUGUCCUUUAAUCAAGCAGUGUCUUCUGUUUUUGUGCUUGGUGAAAGAAACUUCUUUUGCCUCAAGGAUAAUGGGCAAAUUCGAUUCAUGAAAAAGCUUGAUUAUAGUCCAAGUUGCUUCAUUCCUUAUUGUUCAGUGAAAGAAGGAACAAUAAACACUCUACUUGGAAACCACAGUAAAAUGUUGAAUGUUUAUCAAGAUGUUACACUGAAAUGGGCCACUCAACUUCCCCACAUUCCUGUAUCAGUAAAAGUAGCACAUUUACAAGACUUGAAGGGUGUUAUAGUCACUCUGAGUGACAAUGGACAUCUUCAGUGUUCCUACCUUGGAACUGAUCCUUCAAUCUUCCAGGCUCCUAAAGUUGAUUCUAGAGAAAUAAACUAUGAAGAAUUCGAUGCUGAAAUGAAAGAGCUUCAGAAAAUCAUCAAGGAGGCUUCAAAAACACAAGAUAUUUUGCCCAAAUCUGAAAAACACAGAGAUCUAAUUGUCACAGCAGAAGUUUCGCCCAGUUUGGAUGCAGAAUCUAAAGCCAUUGACAGUGAGGUAGAAGCAGAGGCAGUACCAUCAGUCACAGUAAAGAUAACGAUACAGAGCAGAGUGACUGCACAGCAACCAAACCUGGCAGUAUGUGUACAAGCUCCAUUAGCAGUGACCUGCGACCAGUUCAGCUUUGAUGAUUUGGAGGCAGAUUCAGCUGAAACUGUGGUCCUGUCUGUCUUCUUGAAGAGGAAUUGUUCUCCAUCAGAACUGGAAGGAAAUUGUAUAGUUUCAUAUUAUACACCAACAGAGCUCAAUCCUGAAGGAAUACCUCAAGUGGCACAGUGUAACUUCAGGCUGCCUUUGCGGUUAAUUUGCUUUCCUGCCCAGCCUUCAAAAGCAGCAAAUCACAAGCUAACUAUUGAUACCAAUAAACCUCCCAUCAGUUUUCUCACCAUUUUUCCAGACUUUGUUCAUCCAUCUGAGGAUGACCAGGCUAAUGCUCUGGGAUUUCAGUUUUUAACUGGUUCAAAAACCACUCUUCUUGCUUCAAAAACAUCACAACGAUAUAGGAUCCAGAGUGAUCAGUUAGAAGACCUUUGGCUGAUAACAAAAGAGCUCACACUUCGACUCGAAGAACAUUUCAAGAAGCAAAACUGCAAAGAUUUUGCAUGUACCUUUUCUGGUUCAAUUCCCCUGCAAGAAUAUUUUGAACUAAUUGAUCGACAUUUUGAGCUACGUUUGAAUGCUGAAAAAUUUCAGGAGCUGUUAUCUGAAAGGGCUCUACAGUUCCGAGCUAUUGAGCGACGGUUGCUGACACGAUUCAAAGACAAAACUCCGGCUCCUCUUCAACAUCUGGACACCUUGCUAGAAGGAACAUUCAGAGAG